AGCCCUGAAGAUGAUGACAGGAAGGUCCGCAGGAGAGAGAAAAAUCGAGUUGCUGCUCAGAGGAGUCGGAAGAAGCAGACCCAGAAGGCUGACAAGCUCCAUGAGGAGUACGAGUGCCUGGAGCAGGAGAACGCCAUGCUGCGCAGGGAGAUCGCCAAGCUGAACGAGGAGCUGCAGCAGCUGAGCCUGGCGCUGAAGGAGCACGAGAAGAUGUGCCCGCUGCUGCUCUGCCCCAUGAACUUUGUCCCCGGGCUGCGGCCUGACCCAGUGGCCAGCUGCCUGCCGCGAUGACCCCUGAGGAAUCCUCUCUGUCUUUACACCCCAAGCCAGGGACCUGCAUCCCAGGGCAGGCACCUGGGCCCUGCCACCUCCUUCCGGGAGCUCUGGGCCUGUGCUGCCGGGCUCAGCACUAGGAUCCGCGCUGGGAUCAUGCCUGACCCUCAGGGACCUGGGCCCACGGACCCAGCAGGAAGCUACCCUCAGAAGUUAUGUCUGUCCAGUUUAUCAGCAGCAGGUCCUGUGGUUCUGCGGGAUCUUGUUCUUUAGGUUUUGGAUAAUAAAAGUGGCCGUUGUCUUGCCUUUC